GCGUCCUCUCACCCACCGACAACCUUUGAAUCGACGGGCCCCGGGGUCGAGUAGGCAGCUCCGACGUCCACGGUGGCAAUUGGCUGCGCUCCUCCCUUGUGUCUUCGGCGGCUUCCUAUUGCGCGUCGUGGCUCCACCACGGCAAACAGCGCGCACACACAUUUCACGUGCAGACACGCGCGUCAUGUGGCGUGUGCGCGCGCGAUGCCACUGGAGCUCAAAGUCCUCCGGAGCGCGGUGCACUCUCCUGUCGGUCGUGUGUGAGGAUUGAACCCCCGCGGGCCACUGACAGCUGCAGCACCAUCACGGUCCUGCACAGGCCGGGCAGCGCACACACACACGCAGCCGGGCAGCGAGGCGAGUCGAGCCGGGUGCUGCGAGGAAGGAAGUCGCCGCUGUAUAGAGCUCGCAGCGCAUCGGAAGACAGCAGAGGACGAGCACGAUGACGGAGAAGCGCAUGUCGAGGUGGUACUUCGGGGGGCUGGCGUCGUGCGGGGCCGCCUGCUGCACGCACCCCCUGGAUCUGAUCAAGGUACACCUGCAGACACAGCAGGAGGUGAAGAAGAGGAUGUUGGGGAUGGCCCUUCACGUGGUGAAGAAUGACGGGGUGCUGGCUCUCUACAAUGGCCUCUCUGCCUCCCUCUGUAGACAGAUGUCCUAUUCCCUCACCAGGUUUGCCAUCUAUGAGACAGUGAGGGACAUGAUGGGCAGCACAAGCCAGGGCCCAAUGCCCUUCUACCAGAAGGUCCUGCUGGGAGCCUUUGGAGGUUUUACUGGUGGGUUUGUUGGAACGCCAGCAGACUUGGUGAAUGUCAGGAUGCAGAAUGAUAUGAAACUACCUGCUGAGCUGAGGAGGAACUACAAACAUGCCGUCGAUGGGCUCUACAGAGUCCUCAGAGAAGAGGGUGUGAGGAGACUGUUCUCAGGGGCCACCAUGGCCUCCAGCAGAGGAGCCAUGGUCACUGUUGGACAGUUGGCGUGUUAUGACCAGGCCAAGCAGCUUGUGUUGGGAACGGGGAUGAUGGGAGAUAACAUGCUCACACACUUUCUUUCCAGCUUCAUUGCUGGAGGCUGUGCUACGUUCCUGUGUCAACCUCUGGAUGUGAUGAAGACGAGACUGAUGAACUCAAAGGGAGAGUACACGGGGGUGGCACAUUGCAUACGUGAAACUGCCAAGCUAGGACCGCUUGCAUUUUACAAGGGUCUCGCCCCAGCAGGGAUCCGCUUGAUCCCCCACACAGUGCUCACCUUCCUCUUCCUGGAGCAGCUCAAGAAGAACUUUGGCAUUCGCAUCAUCUCCUGAGCACGCUCCGCAGGGUGUGGGGGGGGUCACACUGUGCGUGUGCUUAGGCUCCGCCUUUUGCUCUACCUCUAUCUCACAGCAAGACACUAAGGGAUUUUGAUGACGGUGAGCACCAGCGGCUGGAAGGGAUGAAUACUGGAAAAACAGAUGAGUCCUUCUGCUCGGAAGGUGCCGUCCUGUUGAUUUUUAGGUUGACAUUCAAAAUUUAGAAAGGAGAUUAAAAUGAGCUCUAGAUGUUAAUGUAGUCGUCCAUUAUAAUUUCUAGUAGAGUUAAAUACGUGUCUGGAUGAGAUGAUUUGAGUUGGGGGACCACAGUUAUUCCUCAACCUUGAUGAUGACAGACUAACUGCUGAUCAGAUAAUGUGAUUUAUGUUCUAAUCUCUGCACUCGGUACAUUAAUCCAAAGUGGUGAACAGCGCCUUCAGAGCCCACACCAGGUGAUUAGCACUUGUAGACUGCGGCUUAAAUUGUCUUUUCAGUUUCGUAUUUGUCGAGUGUUAGAAGCUUCAUCAACAGGCUCACUCGCUCGCUGUGAAUUUUCCAAACAUUUUCCAGUUGUAUUUUCACAUUGGCUCACCCAGACAUUUUCCGUUCUGUAAAAUGUCUGGAGCAACUGACUUGGGCAUUUGCGUUCCCACAUACAGCCUUCAGUGCAUGUCUGAAAACAGCUUUAUCGUCCUCUACAACACUUUAUUGUUUUCAGAUGAGGCCAGGACAUUGUGUGUGAUUUACUUGUGAAGUUGUCAACAAAGUGUAGCCUUGACAUCAGUGCCGUUAUUACCAAACUAUAAUAAUUCCCGAAAGCCAUUGGUGAAACAUGACUGAUCCAGCUGUUAUGGAACUACAUAGUUAUCAUUCCCAACAGUGGUGACCAAAUGUGAUGCACACUGGAUUUUACAGAUUUAUUUUUUUGCCUUCUCCUCACCUAACUAUUAUUUUUAAAAUUUCUGAUUCUCCUUUACUUCAUUCCUUUAUUCCACCGCUGCUAUGAUUUCACUCUUAAAUCUUUCAGGGGAGAGGACCAAGCUUGUUUGUGUCGAGUUUUUAAGUGAGGAGGGACUUAGUGGGGAAACUGUGAAGCAGAGUGUUGAGGGUACAUUUGUCAGUGGCCCUUUUUAAGUUUUCCAAUUCUGCAGUGAAAUUGCAAAUGACCACUUGAUAUCUUUUAAAGUUCUUAUACUGUUUGAAUGGAGAUGCCUGUAGAGAACUGCAGUACACUACACGUGUACGUGUAGCAUUUUCAUCUAUCAUGUUACUGUUUCAUCUAGAUGAACGCAUGUCAGACUUUAUGACUCAGGAUGCUACUCUCUUUUUAAAGGCACUUUAAUGAAAAUCUCUGUAAUCCUACUGACUAACCUGCUGCGUAGAAACACCCGCUAUAGACUUCUGAGUAGAAAUAGAAAUGCAUUUUAAUUUGUUUUUGGAUUGAACAUGUUAGUGGUUCCAGUUGAGGACGUUUUGUGGCCCUUGACUUUAUUUUCCAUGAUGACUUUGACUUUGGUUCAGUGAUAUUGUGCAUUCUCUGUGCUGUGCCUGCUCUGUAUACAGAGACCAUGUCAAGUAACGUUGCCUUACAGUAUAUGUCCUGCAGGGGGCAGUGUAACAAUGUGUAAAGUAUCCUUUCUUGUGCAGUCUAACAAGUCCUGCACCUUCAUCCUAGGAUACAUAAAAAAAAAAGGGCCACAACGCCACUAGAUGACUGUGUGUGCCUGCAUGUUGCUGUGUUGAAUGAUGAGUUCCUUUAUAGUGCGAGGUACUCAACUGUAGAUCCGCCAUAAUACUGCUAAUGUUAACCCCAGCUUUAUUCAUAUGCAUAGAAAUGGAACUGGAGGGAGCCACAGUUCCGGGUGUUGGAUUUAAUAUUUUCUAGAUCAGUUACCAAGAAUUUGGGAAUUAAAAUACUAAUGGGAAAUAA